AUGUCGGCUUUCAAGGCUGCGUCUCUGGUACCAAGACCGACUACACAACCUCGAAAUAGCAGCCAUGAAUCAUGCUCUGCUUUCGAAAAUCGACCAACAUUGAUAUUUGCGCCUACGGAUGAGCAGUAUCUGCUUGAAAAUAUAAGAAUAAUCGAGCAUCAAUCUACAGACGAACAAUACUUUGACGCCACCCGACAGAGGAUAUUAAUGGAAUUAUUGUUCGGCCAGAUAGAUACCAAUAAACUCACUCGGUCACCAACGUAUUUGACCUGGUAUCAAUGCGGAGAUCGAAAAGCACACAUAGUUAGCCGGAACUUGUCGUGCUGGCAAAAGGGUACUCAUUAUAGCGCCGAGGCUCUAUCUGGUUUGAUCAGGUUUCCUGGUCGCAGCAAGUCCAGCUUCAAGUUCGUUGGCAGGAUAUUGGCGGAGACCGAGAACAUCAUUUCCCUACAAUAA